AUGAUCUCGAGGAGGGUGCUGCUGGCGGGAAGCCACCAUUGCAUCACGCAGUUCAUUAAUUGUUUCCCCACAAACUUCUUCUCUUCUAUGCUUCUCCAGAGUGGACCACAAAUCACCUUUCUUUCUUUCGAGAUUGCUCGUCUCCUUCUUCAUGCAUGUGCUAAUGAUAUGUCUGAUUGGCUUGUAACAAAACAAGACAAACCCGCGGAUAAAGUCUUGGAUUUUGUCCUGCUUUUCGUCCACUCUUUAGUCGCAAGCCUCUCCCUCAUCGUCUUCUCGUCCACACGCAUUUUCGAGACUAUUGAGGGUGAAUGCCAUGCCGUCAAUGCCAGCACAAAAUGGAACAGUGCCCUUCUCGGGGGACACCUGAAAAUCACGAAGGAUGUCAUUAGUGUCCUCAAUGAUCUUCUGAAUGUUUUCGUAAGCCUCCUCGUCGUCCAUGUCGAGCUCGAGGAAACACCGGUCCAUCUUGUUCAUGGUGAGGACAUGGUGAAUACCCUCAGCCAUGGCCUGCUGAAUGACGCUCUCGGUAUGGAACAGCACAACGUCAAUACAAUCGACCACAACAAUGGCCCCGUCGGUGAUGCGGAGGGCGGUCGUGACCUCGUACGAGAAGUCGACGUGUCUAGAGGAGUCCAUCAGGUUGAUGGGGUACUCAUUGUCAUCCCUCUUAAAGAUAUUGGUGUUGAUUUGGUGGUCGCCUCAUCCGUGCGGAUGUUUGUCACGCAGCCGGUGACGAUCUCAACCCCUCAUAAUAAAUCAUCCUGUAAGUGCUUUUUACAGAUCUCAAGCUCACUUACACCAGUAAUGGACAGGUCUUUAGCCUCAUCAUUGAUGACAACCAUAGGGGCUGACUUGUCUAGGAGCCUCAAACCCUUAAAGAGUUCCAAGACUUCUGCCUCACUCUGGAUGUCAAUGCGCAUGAGAGGUGAAACCGGGAAUUUCAUGGCCUGA